CCCGGAGGGCCUCCCGGAGGAGGAGCGGGCCAUGGCGCUGCUGGCCGACCACCUGCUCAGGCCGCUGCCCGCCGACAAGCAGAUCGAGACCGGACCCUUCCUGGACGCCGUCUCCCACCUGCCGCCCUUCUUCGACUGCUUCGGAUCGCCUAUAUUCACCCCAAUCAAAGCGGACAUCAGUGGGAACAUCACGAAAAUCCGAGCCGUGUACGACACCAAUCCCGUAAAGUUCAAAACGCUGCAGAACAUCCUGGAGGUGGAGAAGGAGAUGCAUGGAACAGAGUGGCCCAGGGUGGGAGCUACACUGGCACUGCUGUGGUUAAAAAGAGGCCUGCGGUUUAUCCAGGUGCUCCUGCAGAGCAUCUGUGACGGCGAACGAGACGAGAACCACCCCAACCUCAUCCGCGUCAACGCCACCAAGGCUUACGAGAUGGCCCUGAAGAAGUACCACGGCUGGUUCGUGCAAAAAAUAUUUCAGGGAGCACUGUACGCUGCUCCCUACAAAUCCGACUUCCUCAAGGCCCUCUCGAAGGGCCAGAACGUGACCGAAGAGCAGUGUCUGGAAAAGAUCCGCCUCUUCCUAGUCAACUAUACGGCCACCAUCGACAUCAUCUACGAGAUGUACACCAAGAUGAACGCCGAGCUGAAUUACACCGUCUGACGUCUGGCGGCCGGGCUGAAGCACACAACUGUCCUCUUAAAGAAAAAGAAAAAAAAUUCCUCAAUCACUGUGAAUAAGAGCAGAGGCCUCAGGGGCCUCCUCCGUUCUGGGCUUGGAUCUCCGGGGAAUGGCCUGCUUUUUAAACCGUUUUGAUUAUUUUUUUUCCACUCCAAAGGAGCAAUAAUGGGUCAUGAUUGUAUUGCCUUAGACCCUCACAGUCGACACUGUCUUGAAUCUACGUUUGAGUGUGAUAAAAACGGGAUUAGCGUUUUCUACUAAAUCAAGUCCUAAAUGUCUCUCUGCCUCACGUGACUGAGUAACCAUGUACUAAUAGAGAUGGAAAAAAAAAAAGGUCUUCACCUCCAUUUGGAAACAGGCACAGGUCACGGAGAAGCUGUUUUUUUUAGGUUGGAAGGACGAGGGGCGUUGGGGAAACGAGAUUUGGGGUUGAAACUGAGGACCGCGUGAAGCGUGGAGAGGGAAGAGCAAUGCGUGUUCCGUGAUGGGAUUCACAGGACACGGCUCUGUCUAUCCCGGGGUAUCUUGGGCACUAGCUCGGUACGAACGAAUCUUGGAUUCCUGGAGGACGCUCACACACUCGAGGGUUUAGAGUGUUGAGCUGAGAGGGACUGGAUUUCUGCCCUCUGCAUGAUCAGGCUUCUUCACGGUCAACUUUUCCAGUAUCAGUCAAUCGCCCUCUGUUUGAAGCAAAACACCAAACCCCGGGAUUUCUCUCCACCACCGUAUGUGUUGGCUAACGACGCCCGGCUUGGGAAUUGUUGGAAAAAACAACCUCGGAUGAAUUGCUAAGUGUUAAUAAAGAAAAUGGAUUGGCGAUUUUUUCUUAAUGCACAUAGAACUUAUUAAAACUCUAUUUUGGAACCCUAUCUAUCCUCUGUUCCGUUUCUUUCUGCAUAUGGGAAAAUGGAAAAUGGACCUUUUAUUGACUGAAUGGAAUCAGUUCCUGUCCCUAGAAUUUCUCUCCUCCGCCUUAACGUUGGCUAACGGCGCCCAGUUUGGAAGUUGUUGGAAAAAACAACCUCAGAUGAAUUUGCUAGGUGUUAAACUCAAUAAGGAAAAUGAAUUGGUGAUUUUUUUAAAUGCAAAAAGAACUUACUAAAACUCUAUUUUGGAAUCCUACCUGUCUUCUGUUCUGUUUAUUUUGGUGAAUGGGGAAAUGGAAAAGGAAUCUUUCAGUGAUUGAGUGGGGUUGUUCCUAGAAUUUCUCUCCUCCGUACCUAGAAUUUCCCUCCUCCGCCUUAACAUUGGCUAUCAGCGCCCGGCUUGCAAAUUAUCGGAAAAAACCACCUCAGAUGAAUUGCUAAGUGUUAAACUCAAUAAGGAAAAUGGCUGGGUGAUUUUUUUCUUAACUCCAAAAGAACUUAUUAAAACUCUUGUUUUGGAGUCCUACCUGUCCUCUGUUCUGUUUCUUUCCGCAUAUGGAGAAACGGAAAACGGAUCUUUUAUUGACUGAAUAGAAUCAAUUCUUGUGCCUAGAAUUUCUCUCCCCCCUCCUUAAUGUUGGCUAGCAGUGCCCGAUUGGCAAAUUGUUGGAAAACACAACCUCAGAUGAAUUGCUAAGUGUUAAACUCAAUAAGGAAAAUGGAUUGGUGAUUUUUAAAAAUGCAAACAGAACUUAUUAAAACUCUAUUUUGGAAUCCUA